AUGCUGUGUGUAUCGCUUGUGCUCCUACAAAUAUGGUUGGUGCACUGCUGCAAUUCUGGAGUCGAGCUCUCUUCGAACAACCUGUUAUGCAAGAAACGCCUUGCAUACCCGUGCGAUGCCAACAAUGAUGAAGUGGAAGGGUGUUGUUGUGAGAAUGGCUACCAAUGGAAUGCCACCGGAUAUUGUGAAGAAUGCUCCUUUUCCAUCAACUGGGGUUGCACAGCAGCCAUGGUGGUGGCAUCAGGCGCUGGAAUUGCUGCGGCGCCUGCACUCUUGGCACUGGCAGGGUUCACCAGUGCUGGCAUUUCUGCAGGGUCAUUAGCGGCACUGUGGCAAGCGAACAUGGCAGGGAUCGCGAGUGGGAGCCUUUUCUCUACUUUGCAAAGCAUCUCCAUGGCUGGUCUGGGUUGGGGUGGCACUGUUUCAGUUGGAGGCAGUGCCGGUGCUGCGGCCAUGGGCUUCUGCAAAGCAGUGGAGUCCCUAUGGCCUGGGGUCGCUGGUGCCACUCCGCCAAGUGAGCUAGAGAUGUUCUUGGAUCGCCAUUGGCUUGGGGAGGUGAGCCGGGCCAUUAUCGAUGCAAGUGGCGCCAGUUGCUUGGAGGAUUUGCAGCACCUGGACGCUGAAGGGGUCAACCAGCUGGUGCGGGAUGCCAAGCUGAAACCGGUCAUGGCCAGCAAGCUCCGAAAAGCUUUGAAAAAGCUGAAGACGGAGCUUUAG